GUAGGUCUAUGAGAGCCGUGCACAUUUUACAGAGCAUUGGCACAACUAGAGAGGCAGAACGCCGAGGUUGACCGUAGACUACUUUGAAACGCUUGAUCCGAUGCGUUUAAGUAUAAUGGAUCUAAGUGCUGUGGCAACACCAGAGCUAUUGAAAUACAACCUGACACUUUUGGUAGAUAUCGCGGGAGAAGUAGGAUUAUUGAUCCACUGACAUCUAUGGACUAUUUUGCCUAUUUUUCACAUGCCAUAAUAUACUUUUUACUUAUAGCCCAAUUUGCCAACAUGAAAGGGUUAUAAUGGAUAUAAUCAUGCCUGGUCAGAUUUGAUAUCGUUGCAAGCGUUCAAUUCCUACUAGCGGAGCUGGAAGCCUUUGAUACGAUCACCUUCAAGAGAAUCUAAGUCCAUUUGCGUCGACCAGCGAGAAUUUGCGUCCGAACGUCGAGGGGGACAUUGAGAGGUUGUCGCUGCCGUGUGAAGGUUUCUCGGAGUCGAAUCGCCGUCUGAACGAUGGUGUUUGACAAGGAGGAAAGUGUCUCCCUUGUGCCUCUCCAGUCCAAAGGGAAGCAGAGGGUCUGCGCCGGGUGCAACCGGAGGAUCAUGGACCGCUUUAUGCUCGAGGCUCUGGACAGGUACUGGCACGAGGACUGUCUGAAGUGUGCCUGCUGUGACUGUCGCCUGGGUGAUGUGGGCUCCACCCUCUACACCAGAGCCAACCUCAUCCUCUGUCACAAGGACUACCUGAGGCUUUUUGGGAUGACUGGGAACUGUGCCGCUUGCAGUAAGGUGAUCCCGGCCUUUGAGAUGGUGAUGAGAGCCAGGGAGAACGUCUACCACCUGGACUGCUUUGCCUGCCAGCUGUGCAGCCAGAGAUUUUGCGUGGGAGACAAGUUUUUCCUGAAGAACAACAUGAUACUGUGCCAGCUGGACUACGAGGGGGGGCAUCAGAAUGGAAACUCUGCUGAUCAGGCUCUGUAGGCUCUACUGCUCUCUGCUGGUCAGGCUCUCUGUAGGCUCUACUGCUCUCUGCUGGUCAGGCUCUCUGUAGGCUCUACUGCUCUCUGCUGGUCAGGCUCUCUGUAGGCUCUACUGCUCUCUGCUGGUCAGGCUCUGUAGGCUCUACUGCUCUCUGCUGGUCAGGCUCUCUGUAGGCUCUACUGCUCUCUGCUGGUCAGAGACUAGCUAACGCCAGUGGACACUACUCCCUACCGGUAUCCCCGGACAGUCCUCUUCUCAUCACAUCAGGGUUGUAUUCACUAGGAACCAAAUGGAAGAAGGACCUACACUACAUAGCCAAACGUAUGUGUACACCCCUUCAAAUGGGUGGAUUGGGCUAUUUCAGCCUGUUUGCAGUAGACUGGCCCGUAGAGCUCAGUGACUUUCAACAUGGCACGUCAUAGGAUGCCACCUUUACAACAAGUCAGUUUGUCAUAUUUCUGCCCUGAUAUGACGUGUCUAGAAGAUUCUGUGCUUCCAAAUUUGUGGCAACAGUUUGUGGAAGGCCCUUUUCUGUUUCAGCAUGACAAUGUCCCCAGGCACAAAGCAAGAUCCAUAGAGAAAUGGUUUGUUGAGAUCGGUGUGGAAGAACUUGCCUGGCCUACACAGAGCCCUGACAUCAACCCUUUCGAACACCUUUGGGAUGAAUUGGAACGCAGACUGCGAACCAGGCCUAAUCGCCCAACAUGCUCUUGUGGCUGAAUGGAAGCAAGGCCCUGCAGCAAUGUUCCAACAUCUAGUGGAAAGCCUUUCCAGAAGAAUGGAGGCUGUUAUAGCAGCAAAGGGGGGCCCCAACUACAUAUUAAUGCCCAUGAAGUUGGCAUGAGAUGUUUGACGAACAAAUGUUCACAAACCUUUGGCCAUGUAGUGUACUUGAACUUUUUCAAUAAGAAACUCUUGUUUAUGUUGCAAAAUGUUUUGCUACAGUGUGCUAAUGAAUACACCCCAACUGACAGUUGUGGACAGUGCAGGAUUAUACACCCAGUUCCCGAUGCUCAGCGACAACGGUGAUGCCACUUUGCCUUGACUUCUGCUAUGCUUACUGUCCUCGACGGUAGACUCACCACAGAGUUAUUAGCGAAUGAAGCGGCCUUGUGCAUGAUAUAUUGCUCUCAUUGACUGAAACGAGGAAGGAGAACUAAUGAGCAUUGCCGUGCAAUUAUUAUUAUUUUUUAAGUAAGUAAAAGAAGUUCAAAGCCAUAUGUUUGGACUCUAUUAUUAAAGCUGCAUUAUAUUACGUGUUGGGCGACCAGAACUGGGAGUUAUAGAUCUGUCUUUGUAUUGAAAGCAAGUCUAAGAAGUGGUCGAGCUGUUCUAAGUGCACUAUUUAUUUAUUUUUGCUUCCCAUUUAAGUUUUGUUUUUGCAUCUUUUACGUUUGGUUUUGUACACCAACUUCAAACAGUUGAAAAUACAAUAUUUUUGGUAAUGGAAAAUGUUUCCAGCGGUUUAGAUGGUACAAUACCUUCUCUACUUGCUUGAUUUGUCGUUAACUUUUAGAAUUUUAUCAAUCAGGAAAUGGCGGCGCAAUUUCUGCAUAGUUCACCUUUUAAUGGUUCUGCCAAAAUCAUGGCUAAGGAGAAAGGCACAGCACUCAUUUGUUUAUAGGGGGCAAGCUGUUUACAAUAGGCAGGUCCACUGGUAUUGCUGCUAAUGAGUUCUGAUGUGCAGACCCUUUUAAUAAAGGGUAAUAACUAACAUGCUCUAAUCUCUGAAGAUAUUUGUUUUUAAGUUACCUUUUAUGAACAGCAGUAUGAUUUAUGUUUGCACAGCUUUUGACUUUCAAUAAAGACAUUUUAUUUGAGCA